AUGUGCAACUUUGACCUGAGAAAUACCUUAUAAUUGUAGCUUUCAAAAGCUUCAACCAAUUCGACCAAAAGUUUUUCAUUAACACCGAUUUAUAAUCCUGUUCACCUUUUACUACUUUUCUCUUGCAGUGACCACGGGUCUCGAUCAACAUGAAUAGUAACGACACGGAGAAAAUGGCUUGUGGUGUGAAUAGCAUCAAACUUGAAGAUAAAUCGGAACCGGAAGGAAAUAAAGUGGACGUGAUAAGAGAACCAAAUGAUGUCCAAAUGUAUAUUUUCUAUGGUCAUUUUUGCCGUGCGCCUGAUAAGAGUGAACAGCGGCAUGAUCUCGUUGGACUUAUCAAUAGAAAUCGUACAAGUGGAGUACGAGAAUGGACCGACUGUGAGGUUUGGUCAACCUACCGGAUGAUUAUACGAGCCGCUGGAUCUUUUGCUUACUUGGAAAAAUCGGAUUUCAACGAUUACUCACAACGGGCUGAGGCUGAAAUACAACAAUACCAGUGCUCUACCAAUAAGAUCCAAAUGUAAUCGCGAGAGAAUGCCAAUAAUUUACCUUCAUUCGUAUUCGGUUAAAUUUAUUUAACAAGAAUUAAUAGAGAGAAUUUUGAUGUAAUUCUCUUUCAAUUAUUGUCUCCGGAUGGAUUAAUAGUGUCGAAGGCUGAAAAGACAUAACAAUUAAAAUAUGAAUUUGAUUUGA